CACCAGCGGCCUCCUACUCCCGCAGGCCGCGCAGCGUAGUACAUCGCGGCUCUCGUCACUUCACUCCCCCGCUCCCUCCCUCGUCGUCAUCAGUGUGGCAGGCAGAAGAACCCACAGCUCGCAGGAGAGACAAGAGGGACCAGCCAUGAGCCACGGACACGGAGGCGGAGCCGCCGACAACGGUGUGAGCCCCGGCAACGUGCCGGUGUGCUACUACGGCGCGGCGGGGCGCGUGCCGGCGGCGCUGGAGCGGCGGGUGCGCGCCGCGGAGCUGUUCAUGCGGUGCGCGGCGUGCGGGCUCGCGGUGCUCGCCGCGGCGCUGCUGGGCGCCGACCGCCAGACCCGCACCAUCUUCUCCGUCGAGAAGACCGCCCGGUUCACCGACAUGCAGUCGCUCGUAUUCUUGGUGAUAGCAAACGGGAUGGCAGCGUGCUAUAGCCUGCUCCAGGGGGCGAGGUGCCUGGUGAGCAUUCUGACAGGUGGUGUCCUCAUCAACAGGCCCAUGGCAUGGGCUAUCUUCUCUUGUGAUCAGGUGAUGGCGUACUUCACGAUCACAGCGGUGGCCGUGGCGAUGGAGGCGGCGAUGAUCGGCAAGUACGGGUCGCUGCAGUUCCAGUGGAUGAACACGUGCCACUUCUACAAGCGUUUCUGCGCGCAGGCGGGAGGCGCCGUGGCCUGCGCCGUGGCGGCCAGCCUGAACAUGGUCGGCAUCUCGCUGGUGUCCGCGUUCAACCUCUUCCGGUUGUACGGCAGCGGCAAAGGGAGGAAGUGAUCGGCCCGGCCGGCCGGCCGGCUCUCCCUUCUUCAGCCUGCCUGCCACUAGGAACACAGGGCAUGCAGCCGCUUGUGCUUGUCUCGCCGCCGCCGCCGCUGCCGCUGGCCCUUUUUCUUAGGCUUUAACACCCAGUAUGGAACCAUAGCGCUAUGGAUCGUCGUCUUUCUUCUCCGGUUUGAUAAGUUUUUUCUGGUGUUGGUAGGCAUACCUGUCGUCGUCUGUCAGCGUAGCCAUAAAAAGGUCUCUGGGACGCUCGCCCAUGUAUGUAUAUGAUGUGAAGUGAUCCAAGGUGUUCGUGUACUGUAUACUAUGGCAAUAAACGUGUGGGAAAGCGAUGUAUCGACGAUGA